AAAGAUGGAAAUAUAUAAGAUUCCAUGCUCUCAUGUAUUAGCCGUGUGCAGACAACGUAGUUUGUCUUCUCAUCCAUUUGUGGAUCCUUUUUUCUCAUCUGAUCAAUACGCCGCCACAUAUCAAAGAGUCUUUAAACCCAUUCCCGACCGUGAUUAUUGGCCGAGUUACAAUGGACCUGAAAUUGUGCAUGAUCCAUCCAUGCUUCGGGCUAAGGGAAGACCUAAGUCCACACGUAUUAAGAAUGAGAUGGAUGAAGGUCCCCGAAGAACGGUUAGAUGUGGAAAAUGUAAACAAACCGGUCAUAAUAGGGCCACAUGUGCGAAGAGAUCUUUAGGAGAUGGUGGGGGGUCGACUUCGCACUAUGGAGGUGUCAGUGGAUCCAUGGCUGAUUGAUGACCAAGAGACCAUGACCAAAACGAUAAAGAAGACCAUGAAAAUUGUAGUCUCUCUAUUAUUGGACGAAAUAAUGUACACCAAAUUUUGUAGAAACACUUUACUUUUUAACAUAUUUUCAC